CCUGUCCUCUCCCGGUUGGAGGCACCCCACGAUUACCCCCCCUUCACCCUUUCAACUGAAAAGCACAGGUGACAGGACUCUCUCUCUCUCUCUCUCUCUGUCUAGUCUCCGGCCGGCUCAAAGCCUACACCGUCUCCCGACCACCUCUUCUGACCGGCUCCGUGUAGCUUUUAUAACACUCAACACACCCACUCUGUAAUCAUUACACCCUAUCCCCGCGCAUAAUUAAGUCCCUCGUCGCCUUCCCAUUUACUGCCAUUUCCCUCCCUGCUCCCACUCCCCUUUUUCUCCUCUUUUUCCCGAUUUCUCCGGGUUCGGCAUUGUGAUCCGUGCUCUAAUUGAGCUCUGGCAAGACAAAAGGCAUGGAUCGGCACACGAGGAGAGGACACCACCGGUGAUGGCGAUGAUGAUGAUGAUGUGGGGGGUGUGUGGAUUUCGGAUUAUAGUAUUAAAGGGUCCGUGGUGGUGGUGUCGCUGAUCGGUGUUGUGGGGGAGGGCUGGUGCUGUCGACUGAUGUGAGCUGUAAAGGAAGCCCCACCCUCCGACCACAAUUGACGCUGUUUGGACUCUUCCCCCUCACAUUUGAAAGCACAAACUAUAAUAAUAUCUCCCCCAAAAAAAAAACAGAAAAAGAAAAGGAGUUCUUUGAUAUAAUUUCUGGGCUUACCUUACUCUGCCAUCACAAUUGCGGUUGAGGUGGGGGGUUGUUGAACUCCCACAGCCCUACUCUAUUGAACGGUGGAGUGAAUAACAAGUCUUCAGCUCAGCUCCUGUCCGGAGGUCGGCAGCUAUGCCUCCUCCUGCCGGCAAGGUCUCCGGGCUCCAUCGUGAAGGCGAUGACUGGUACUGCAAUUCAGCUUUGCCGAGUGAUGUCACCGUCAUCGUGGAUGGAGUGAACUUCCAUCUUCACAAGUUUCCUCUCAUAUCAAAGUGCGGGAUGAUAGCCCGCAAAUAUGAAGAAUCUAAGAGCACCCAAGAGAAGACUUUCACUGUAAACCUCGAAGGUUUGCCUGGAGGGCCUGACUCCUUCCUGAUCGUGGUCAAGUUCUGCUAUGUGAUGAGGUUUGAUUUGACUCCAAGAAACAUAGUUCCAGUCUAUUGUGCAGCAGACUUCCUCAAAAUGACAGAUGAGUAUGGAGAAGGAAACCUUUUGUCUGAGUGUGAGAGCUAUUUUCACAAACAUGUUCUGAAAAACUGGAAGGACUGUAUACUUGCUCUUCAAGGCGCUGAACCCGUAAUUGCUACAGCCGAGAAACUCCAAAUUGUCGGCAAAUGUUUGGAUGCGAUCUCGAUUAUGGUGUGCACGGACCCAAGCCUCUUUGGAUGGCCUAUGAUGAUGUAUGGGAGGCUUCAGAGCCCAGGUGGAAGCAUACUAUGGAACGGGAUAAACACAGGAGCGAGGAUACGAAGCUCAGACUCUGACUGGUGGGUCGAGGACAUCUCGUAUCUCAAUGUGGCCCUGUUUGAGAGGCUUAUAAAGGCUAUGGCAGCAAGAGGUAUUAGGGAAGAGAAUCUCGCUAAUGCGGUCAUGUAUUAUGCCAGGAAGUACUUGCCUGGUCUAGGACGGUGGCCCACUGGGCCGAGCGGGAAAGCUCGAACUGUCACCAGUUUUAGCCUGGUCCCACUUACAGUAGACCAGCGGGUACUAUUGGAGAGCAUUGUGAGGCUUCUCCCUAACAAGAAGGGGAAAUCAUAUUGUCGAUUCCUCUUGGGACUUCUCCGAGUUGCUUCUAUUCUGGAUGUUGAUCGGGCGUGCAAGGACUCGUUGGAGAGGGCAGUGGGGAUGCAGUUGGAACUGGCAACCCUUGAGGGUCUUCUCAUUCCGUCUUAUAGCUCAGAUUCUGACACCUUGUAUGACACUGACACUGUCGAACGAAUCGUCCAUUAUUUUGUAUCCUUGGAAUCGAACGCAACAUCUUUCUCUCCAUCAUCAUGUGACAUGGAAGUGUCUCCUUCUUCCGGGCCAUUAACGGAAGUCGCAAAGUUGAUUGAUGCUUACUUAGCUGAGGUCGCUUCUGAUGUGAAUCUGAAGCCUCAUAAGAUCCGUUAUCUUGCCGAGGCUCUUCCUGAAUCAUCUAGAACUUUGCACGACGGACUUUAUAGGGCUGUCGAUAUCUAUUUCAAGGCACACCCUUGGCUCUCUGACAAAGAGAAGGAAGAACUCUGCAACAUCAUUGACUAUCAGAAGCUCUCAAUCGAUGCUUGUGCGCACGCUUCACAAAAUAACCGAUUACCCCUCAGGGUCGUCCUUCAGGUCCUCUUCUUCGAGCAGAUGCAGUUGAGAACAGCCUUAGCAGGCUGUCUCCAUAUCCUAGACACUGAAAGUGGGACUCAGGCAGGUGCCAUUGUCCCAAGUGACAUGGCAGGUCAAAUAGUCCAGAGAGACGGGUGGGUCUCGGUGGUUCGGGAGAACCAAGUCCUGAAGGUUGAUAUGGAGAAAAUGAGGUCCCGGGUGGGAGAGCUUGAGGAAGAAUUCAGUAGGAUAAAGCAAGAGAUGAAGCGGGUUACAAAGUCUCAUAGUUCCCUCAGUUCACCUCAUUUGGUUCAAAAAAUUGGGUGCAAGCUUCUCCCCGGACCAUCAGAUGCUCAUCAAGCAGAAAAACCCGGGGCUGGUGGGUCCAGCGCUCCGAGGAUUUCAGAUGAGCGAGGCCGUCCUUCUCAUCAUUCAAGACACAGGAAGAGCUUCUCACUGUUUUCAUAGCCAAUGCAAGCCUUUCAUUUUUUAUGGUGUUGUCGUGUUGGAAAGAAGGCAGUAAGGGCAGGAGCCACAAUCAAGGCUGACGGCGGCUUCUUCUCUUACUGGCUCGAGUCAGGUUUUUCCGCUGAUCUGCUUCAUUUAGAUUUCUACUGAUCUCGAAAGUCUACAUAGAAAUGGCGAUUGCAAUACAUAGUACACUCGAUUUUUCUUGUGUGCGUCUGUACAUCUUACUAUCGGGUUUACACCUGUACAGUUCACUUGGCGAAGAUGUCGAUGCUCUUGAACUGUAAGUUCUUGACAGCAAUAGAGAAACCUGUUAAAGUGGAUUUCA